GAGAGAAUUAACUUUUAAACUUUGACGUGACAUUGACAAACGUUCAAUGUUCAUUAUUUUGAAGAUUUGCGACGUACAUAAAGAAAAAAUAUAAACGAAUUUAAUUUUUGGGUACAAUUAUUUUUCUUCUUUAUAAAAAUAACACAUCCAAAGUAAAUAUUAAAAUGGAAGAAGAUAUUCUUACAACAUUAAAAAUUUUAAUAAUAGGUGAGAGUGGUGUAGGGAAAUCGAGCCUUCUCCUUAGGUUUACAGAAGAUAAUUUCGACCCCGAACAAACUUUAACAAUCGGAGUAGAUUUUAAAACAAAACGAUUAAAUAUAGAUGGUAAUACGGUGAAACUGGCUAUAUGGGAUACCGCGGGACAAGAAAGAUUUAGAACAUUAACACCAUCCUAUUAUAGAGAUGCUCAAGGUGCCAUUUUAGUAUUUGACGUUAGCAAUUAUGCAUCGUUCUCUAAACUAGAGAUGUGGCUAAAUGAAUUAGAAACUUAUUCUACCAAAAGUGAUAUCAUUAAAAUGAUUGUUGGUAAUAAAAUAGAUGUGAAUAAACGAGAAGUAUCUAGAGAAGAAGCCAUGAGAUUUGCCAAGAGACAUCAAACUUUAUAUAUUGAAGCUAGUGCUAAAACAAAGGAUGGAGUACAAUCAGCUUUCGAAGAAUUAGUCCACAAAAUAAUACAAACACCGAGUUUAUGGGAAUCUUAUGCAAUGAACAACAUUCACGUAGGAAAUAAGGACCAUCCGGAACAGUCUAGAUGUGCCGGAUACUGUAAUUUAGUCUAAAUUAUAAUUAUUUUCACCUUUUUAUCAACAAUAAGUUAAACUUUCUUGUGUUUUAACGAAUACUAAUCACAUUGCUUAUUGGAUGUUACAAAUAAUAUAUAAACACUAGUAGAUCUAUUGGUCACAGCACAACAGCUUCUUCUAUCAGCCUUUUCCUGAUUCCCAAUGCAUCAUUAAGUGAAUCAUUCCAUUGUGAAGUUGAUUUAUUUUUGUUACACUUCUUUUUUCUUAGUAUUUUUCAGUUGUUGGUACCAGAAAAGCUGUCCCUCUAAUUUUUACUCGAGAAUCACACUAAGAAUACAAAAUAAAGUUUUCACAAGGAGUAUUGGUGCAUGUGAGUGUCCUUUCCAUUCCUAAUAAUUUUUUAUUUCAUUACAGAUGAAUAAAAUUCGCAGUUGGUAGUUUAUAAUCUGUUUUAGAGAAUCGGACCUUAUUUUUAUAAGAUAGUAUGAAAACAAUUGUAAAAUAUCGAUAAAUUACUAUAUUAAUCUCAUUGAAACCUAGUAUAUAAUGUGAUAAGUAACUUAUAUAACCAAAUGUAUCUAAAUAUUUUUUUUAUCAAUUAAUAAAACCGAUUUUUGUGAAAAA